AUGGUGGAGCCAAACGACGGCGACGAUGAGGAUUCGCCAUGUCCGCCUCGCGUCAGAGAUCUUGCCAAGAGGUUUUUGUUUGUUCCCUUUUUCUUGCCAGUAAUUAUAGUUUUUUGGGUUUACUUUUUUUUCCCGAACUUUCCUCAGUUCUUCUCGAAAAUUUUAAGUACAAAGAUAAUCUCCGCCGAUUGUUUCCUAUUACCUGUUUUGUUCAUCCUUUUCCAUCUAAGUUCCUUUAGGCUGCUUUUUCAACAGUUUUUAUCAACUUUAACGUUUUUUACCCUGGAAUGAUUAAAUUUUUGAAGUUUUAAAUUUAGAAAACAUAAAAGAAAAAACUUUUGCGAUCGAUAUUCACGAUAAUCUUUUUCAUGAUGUUUCAUUCAAUUUACUUUUGCCUGCACCUUGCUUCUUCAUGCCGACAGCGUUUAUUUUCUCUCGUCAAACGUAAAAUCAUAUCGGCGGGCUUCUCUUCAACCUCUACUCGCUCUUAUUUGUACGAAAGUCUACAAAAACAGUUCCUUAUGGGACGACGAAUAACAGGGCGUCGUGUGCUUUUCCCGAACCACUCGUCCUGGUGUCGUCAUUGUGGCUUUUGUCCCAGACCCAUCGACUCGACUGUUUCGCACCUCUUUUCCAUAUCCGACCCCGUUCUUCCUUUUUUCUUCUCAUGAAUUUCUUGCGAAUGUGAUAUUAAAAUCUUCUCAAAAGUUUUCUUUUAUGGUUAGCACGUGACACUCCAACAAGUAAGCUCAUAUUUUUUGAAAAAUGUCCUGAAUUGUCUCCGACUUUGUUCUAAAAUCCUCGAAAAGAUAGGUGAACAACCACCUUGCCAAAUUUAUUAGCCAGUGUUUAUAUUUCAAAGUUGACACCAUGCAAUAUUAGUUUCUUGUCGAGGCAAUUUUUCAGAGUUUAUGUGGUAUUCAUUUUUUUCAUUCAUUUCAUUUCAAGUGUUUAUUCGCCAUUCCGCAAUCAGCACGACCAAUACAUUCAAUACUUUUUAAUUCGAAAAGUUGUUCAUUAAAGCCAUCUCCAAGUCAGUUCAAAUGUUUUUUUCUCGUCUAUGUUCUGUUGUUUCAGCGCAUUCAUUAGAGCAGAACACAAUUUUCAAUGCGCUGUACAUAACUGCACUUGAUUGUUUCACGUGAAAAAAAAAAACUUCUGUGCUUACUUAAUAGUUAUUUUAAAAACCGCCUUGCGUAUUUUUGAGCCUAAACUCCUUCACAAUUUAACGGAUUUUGCAGAUUUGAAGCUGCGCCUUCAGUAGCAACGCGAACUUGUAAAAGAGGUGGAGUAACUCGAAAGGAUAACGGAAAAUCUCAAAUUGGCGGGUGAGUUUUCAGUCUCAUGGAAAAGUAGAUUCAUUGGUUUGCAGAAACGGUCCUCCGAGGGUUUUUCAAAGUGCGGGCCAGAGGAAAAAGAGUUCGUUGAGGCGGCGGACGCAGUCGACUGGAGACGUCAAGAGACGGCCAGAACCCGGCGAAUCUUCCAUCAGGAAGAGCGUCUCCUCAAACUUUUCCGACAAAAACGACGCUCCUGGUCUGGAGGCCAAGCCAGUGCCCACUUUGAGGUUGUCCUCUUCCUCCUCUUUCUUUAUAUGUUUCAUUCCAGAAGAAAAGCAAUGACGUCAGAGACAAGGAAAGAUCCCAGGCCAACCUAUCAAGAACGAGUUCGCGUGUCGCUGACGACCACGGCAACGAAGUUAGCUUUGUCAGAAGCGAGUUGUUCAAAAGUUGGCAGGAGACCCCAGGUGUCGCCGCCUCCGCCGCCGGCAGUCCCCGCCAAUCCGCCGUCUGCGGAACGUCUUCGCCGUAUCCCGUCCUACCUGAAGCCGACGCCGCUGCCGAGGUCCCCGCUCCAAAUUUUUGUUUCUCUAGUGUUUUUUUUUGUACGUUUUGAGUGAGUCUGAACGGCGUAGACUGUGAGAGGAUCAUGAUCGUGAAUACUAAAAUCGAUUUUUUGCUUCCGCUCAUUAAAAAAAAAGAUUUAUACAACUCUUUUUUAGGUCAAGCGCUACACUUCCAAUGAGUUUUGCGACUUUGCGAAGGCCUCAGAUCAAAUCGCCACCUCCGCCAGUUUCGAAGAAACCGGAAAUCACAAAGCAGCUACCAAGGUUCUUGCAUUCUUACUUUUCCAAUGUAUUCCUUCGAUUAUUUCUUUUCUAGGGUGCCUAAUAUUCCGGUUCCUAAGCCUCCACGAAACGAUUUAGACGUUGUCGAAGACUGCUACGAGGAGAUAUUAAUGACAAAUGAUACGGAGGUUUCGUUUAUUCUUGACCUUUUUCUGAAUCUCAAAAACGGAGUUCAUUCAAUUUUUUUUUCAGCCGACACCUUCACUAUCACCAUCGAGCAGCAGAGACGACUCUUUUUCGAGCCAUUAUUUCGGAAGCGGCUCCUAUUGGUAAUUAUUUUUCUUAAACAAAUCGAAUUAUCGUUUACGAUGUGUAAGAGGGACGCCUCGUGAAGGACCAUUAAAUAAUGAAAUUUAAUUCUCAUUCCCGGUUUUUUUAACAGAAAAAAAUAGUUGAACGGACCAGUUUAAAUUUAUAUCUGAAAAACGAUGUCAUUUGGUGCUCAAAAAUAUAAUAAAUUCAUCUUUCGCAAAGCCAUUUUGGGAUACGAAAUGUAGAGAAGGAUCCAUUAUUCACUUUUUUUUUAAAUCGAGGACCUCGCAGAAUCAUCAUUGCGACGAGUCAAAUUAGACAAAGCGAGUCGAAUAGAGUUCUUUCUCAGUUUUAGCUCGAGGACCGCGAGCUGCAGCUGUCGCCGAUGCAAGCGACGGUCGCAGCACGACGUGCGCGAAGAAGAAGAAGUCUUCGACGAGGCCGAACCAGAGUUGCCGGCCGUCAAGCCGCGAUUCCUCUCCGCCACGCUUCAGAGGUAAGCAUCGUCUCCGGAGAUUAGCCGCAGCUGUGUCGUAGGGCAGCGAAACCCAGUCAGCGGCGGCCCGUCAGUAGUUUGGAAUUUGAGAAGCUGUUCCGCUUCAAGAGCGAGUUUCAACUGAACUUGUCAAAGAAGGUGCGUCGCUGCAGCUGUUGAAAGACUGCAAAACGAGUUCAGAUGGUGCAGUUGCGACAGAAGGUCGGCGACAAGCAGCAGAAGACCUUCUCCAAGUGUCAUCUCAGUGCCAAUCUCCUAGAGACCGACUUUUUACGCGACAGAAAAGGCUUCUCGCGAACCCCGGACGACGACAGGUGCAUUUACGGCGACGACUGGAGCAGCGAAGACGAUCAAGGUUUUCCUAUCUUUUUUUUGUCUUGUUAUUGGCAGGUUAUAUGUAAGAAAAGGAUCAGGAAACAUCAGAUUUAAGUAAAAAAAAAAGAAGUUUUUUAAGUCUCCUGCCUUUUCUUCGUAUAACGAAAUAUAGAUGCAAUGAAAGAUUGAAGAGUAUCGAUUGGUUUCAACAUGAUUGUUUGAGGCGAACAUUCUAGUCAUUGUUUAUCAUCUUCAGGAUUGAAAAAUAGUCAAAAAAUUUAUAGCACCUUUGGCAAACCAUUCAAGUCAAGCAAUCAAACUCAUCACAAUCUUAAAAGGUCAACACAACUGAUAACAACUUUUAACUUUUUAAUCAACCGAAAAACUUAUUUCAAAAUUUCUUGCGGCUCCCAAUAUGAAAUCUGGCUUUCGAAAAAAAACAAGGCAGUAAACAUUCCACCGAAAAAAGUUUGAAAAAGUUUAAUUUUUGGUUAAGUUUGUACGGUUUUCUCUGUUUCGCACUCUUCACUUCUGCGAAUCGCCAGUGUUUUUUUUUCUCCUGCAUCUCAAGAAACAAUACGCGACGCUGCACUUUCAAGCCUAUACAUUGCGCAUUGGAAGACGGCUGAAACGAAGGGAAAAGCGUUUCUUCCAUUUUCCUUGCCGCUGUUAUGUUUUGCUCCAACUUUACGAAUGUGUUGGUUGCAGAUGAACGUCGUUCGUCCAUGUACAAGCAACUAGAAGAGCAGCUCAACCAGGCCUUUCCAGCCUACGCUUCCUCGCGUGAGAUCUUGCCUCUCUUCUUUUCUUGUUUAUCGCAGAUUUUCGAAUAAUCUACUUUAUGGACAGCAGGUUUUUCAAAAUGAACUGCUUGCUAUUUGCAAUGUCCCCCUUCCUUUCACUAGAAAAAUUUCCAAAGGAUUUUAAAGUUCAUAGACAAGGGAAGAUGUGAACUCUAUCCAGGAAUUACCCUAUGAUUGAUGGAAAAAAUGAAAUCGUGGUCAGCCAGUAUGGGAAAAACGAGUGUUAUUAACGGACAUGAAAUGAUUCUAUAACCAUUUUGGUUUUUUGAGUCUCCAAAUUUUAUGCGAUUUCUAUGUGCACCGCUUUCAGACUUGGUCGUGUAAUUUAUUGAUCAGGCGCUCGAAAUUGAUAUAAACUUUUUGAUUAUCAAAUGUAAUAAAAGUGUCGUCAAGUGCCAAAAAAAAACUUUCAUCUCUUUUUGUUUAAUCCAUGUAAAAGCGGUCUUUCAAGCCCGUUUUUAAGAACUUUUCUUUAGAUCUCAUGUCUUCGUGACCUGACUUUUGUUGGGAAUGAGUUCAUUUUCAGUUUUUAUAAAGUUUUGAGAAUCUGAUUGCAGAAAUGAGUGAGAACGAGAGCGGCGAAUUCGGCAACGACGAGAACGACGACGUUUUCCAAAGAGCGCGACCUGCGAUCGGCUCUUUGCCGGUCGAUGAGGAGUUUUCUUCCUCGCUCGUCAGUUGCACUUCUCUCUUACUAGCUUCGGCAUACGCCAUUUCAUUUAAAACUAUCCUUAGUUUAUCAAGUAAACCAAGCUCUUUCCAUCGGUAUAAAAAAUAUUUGACAGGACGAGCCCUCACCAGAUGACGAACAGUACACGCGCCAGUACACGAGUCGCCUGUUACCAGUCGACCAGCCUCUCUACCAACACUACAUGAUGGAGGAACAGGACAAGCUGCUGAACAACGUCCUUCCCGCAGAGGAACGUGAGCUUUCUGAAGACUUGACGCCGCCUCCCACAGCUCCCGAAGUCAAGAUCCAGGUUGAAUUCGCAUCCUUCUCUUUUCAACGGAGCUCAGAAUCGUCGAGAAUCGUCACUUUCUUCGGAUUCCGGCCGUGGAGCCGAUUGUUCGACGUCGACGUCUGCACUCACUUCAAACACUUCGAUGCGAAGAGAUCGGCUAGUCGGCUCGUCAAACUUCGGAAGCCAGCGAAGUCUGUGGUGCGAGCUUCCUGAAGUCAAGGCUGCUGGUCUCCUGGAAUCUCUUGACGACGAGUCCAAGAUUCAGCAAGAAGCUUAUUUUGAGGUUCACUUUUCCAGUGGUUCUUUUAGACAAUUCGUUCAAGGUGAUCACGUCGGAAGCGAGUUACUUACGUUCUUUGAACAUACUCAUCACGCACUUCAUGGCUUGUCCCCAGAUGUUGGGCAACAAAUCGGCGCUUUCGGUCAUUUCCAACGCCGACCGCAAGCAGUUGUUCAGCAACAUCUUCGCGGUCCGUGACUGUUCCGAAAGGUAACCUUUUCUGCGAAGCACGUUAAUAGCCCCUUUAUAGGCUUCUGUGUGACCUGGAGACUCGGUUGGAAGAGAAUUUGGUGCUCGAUGACAUCUGUGACAUUCUCAAUCAACACUUUGAGAAAAACUUUGAAGUUUACGUCAAAUAUUGCUCCAAUCAGGUUUCCUCAUAUCUUGCUCAACAUCAGUUUUAUUUUAAAUGUUUUAAGGUAUAUCAAGAUCGCACACUACGACGCCUCAAAACCGAGAGUCCAGGAUUCCUGAGCGCAGUUCAGAAGUUGGAAGAACAUCGCCAGUGUCAGGGCCUCGACAUGAGGUCUUUCCUCAUGCUCCCCAUGCAGCGAAUCACAAGGUUUCUCAUAUGAGCGUUGAGAAAAUCGUUUAGUGUCGUUAUAUAAAGCAUUCAUCAUUUCUCCCAAGAAAAUGAAGCAACUUUAAUAUUGAAAAGAAAGGGAAGACUCUGAGGAGAAGAGGGACGACUGAGAAAGAAAAUGUAAAUAAAAUCAAACAAGGUAUGACCUGUUUUGAUUGGGUAAGAACAAUGGUAGAUUGAAUACUGAACAGAGUUGUGUUGUGCUUUUAAAGGGAAAUCGUUUCAUAUUGCACUUUUGCAAGCCUUUCUAGAUUAUAUAUAUAUAUAUAUAUAUAUAUAUAUAUACAUUUCAAAUAUUAAAAAAAAAUCAGAUACUUUGCCGCAAAAAGAGCAAAAAUAGCAUCGCCCAAAAAAAAGCCCGACGGCUCGUUUUCAGACAACAGCCUUUUUUAAUGUUUCGUUAGAGGGGCGUAUUUGCAAUAAUGGCUGAUGUUUGCAGAUAUCCACUUCUUCUCUACGCAAUAAUUGACCGUCUGCAGCCUAACUGUGAAAGGUACAGCACGGCGGCACAAGCACUGACCGCUUCGAACAAGGUGCAACCCCUCAAGAAGAAAUGUAUGUGGAAGGUUUCAGGUGGUCCGUGAGUGCAACGAAGGAGCACGACGCAUGGAACGGACCGAGCAACUUCUGGAGAUCGACCGACGUCUCGUCUACAAAGACGCCGACCUCAAGCGGAUUCCCCUCGUCUCCAACAGUCGUCAUCUCGUCAAAAGAGGAGUUCUGACGCAGCUUGUCGAGAGAAGAACCACCGGCAUUUUGCAGGUCCGUCACAAAAAGUUUUUGACAGCGAUUCAUUAAAACAGGUAUUUUUUUUAAGGAAUUUUUUUUUUGAAAUUUGACUCCUUAAAGUAGAAAAAGUCUUUUUUUUCUAUUCCUAAUGAAGAAAAAGCAAUGAUGCCGAAACAAAAAAUUUUUUAGAAACGGAAACUCAAAAAUUCUAGGGUUAGCUUGUCCGAUUUGGCUUGAAACGCCGCAGUGGCACGAUUUUUCUAGUAACGUGUAAAAUCCAAAUUAUUUGUGGCGCUAAUGAAGGAUUCAGAAGAAGGAUCUGAACAAUUAGGUUCCUUGUGUUUUGUCGAUGUUUUCAGAUACGUUUUAAGAGUUGAUGUUAUCUUUCAUUUUAGUUACUAUACUGAUGAAAUACUUUUUGAUAAACCUUCUAAAUUUCAAACCACUCAUGUUCAAAAAAACCCGAAUAUUUGAGAAAUUUCUCACAAAAAACUGUUUACGAAAGGAGGGUUCAAAAACAAGAAAGAAGUUUUCGAAUAACGUUAAUAAAACAUUUCGGCGGCUUGAUUUCUCAAAGUGCGAUUCACAAUUUCCUGACAAAAACUGUUAUGCGAUCGCUUCUCAUCGAAUAUACUCUACGGAGCAACCUUUUUUUUUUCUAAGAUAGCUUGAAUGAGCUAUCAUGUAACUUACUGGUUGUCAAGUUUUCAGAGUCGCCAGAAAGCUCGGACGCUGCACGUUUUUCUUUUUUCCGACAUUCUUAUGAUCACGAAAAAAAAGCUGUGAGUUGUUCCUUGACUUGCAAGUGUCUAAUAUUUUUAGCAACGGGACCUACGUCUGCAAGGACUACUCUGCAAGACGCUUUGUAGACGUUGAGCCAAUUGAGCCGGACAAUCCCAAGGUUUGCGGCUGAGGCUCAGAUCUCGAGAUGGAAAAAUGAACUUGAGAUUCCGAGUGGCGCCAUUUCCUCGUUGGUCGGUCGUCCCCAUCUCUUUCUGUGCGUUUUGAUGAGGAACGCCCGCGGCAGACAAUCGGAGCUGCUGUUGUCCGCCGACAGCGAAACCGAUCGCGAACGUUGGCUAAGUGCAGUCAGACCUCCCACCGUAAUUUUUUCUAGCUUUUAUCAAUUUGUUUCAUCCCGAGAAUUAUUAUAUUCUAUUAACUUUAUCCUAGUGAAUAAUGGAAGAAACGUUGAAGAUUCAAAUCCCAGUCCAGAUCAAAAAAAGUAGAGCUGUUCAACAUUUUUCAUUCUUGUUUUACAGUCUCUAAAAAUUUAUUUGAAAAGCAAACCGUUCUUUUCAUUUUCUCUGGAAUAUAACAAUUUUUCAGCAUCAAUUAUCAAAGAUAAUCUGCAAAAGGCUCUUUUUUUAAAAGAGCAGUGUGUCACGGAAAAAAGUUUGACUUCAGUAUGAAUUGUUCAACUUUUCAAAUAUUUUUUGGUCAGUUUCUCCUCGAAAGGUUGCUGGUUUCAGACUUUCCAACACAUAACAUCCGCACGCUCUCCUCAACUUUACAUUUUUGACCUCAAAGCGUACUUUCCCAUAACUUUCUCGAACCUCCGCUUUUUUCCUUUCUUCUCCAAGGAGUGGUAGUUGCAGUCGUCGAAUCCAGAAGAGAAGGUCUACGCCGAGUGGGACUGUCCUCAGGUCGUCGCUCUUCACGUCUACACCCCCUCGCAGCAAGACGAGCUCCAGCUCCAAGUCGGAGACACCAUCAACGUCCUCCGCAAGAUGCCUGAUGGUUCGUUCUCUAUUCCUUUAGCGUUUCAUAACAUUUGAUUAACCUCUGUGAACCCUUGAGUGCCAACCCCUUCGUGUUUCGAGCAUGUUUCCUUGAGCUAAUCUAUUUUCUCGGAAUACCUUUCGAAUUUAUGCUAAGCUUAAUUUACCUUACAGAAAUCAUAACUAAUAAUUACGGCUUUCUGUUCAAAUAAUUUGAGUUGAACUACCACGAACGAUUACUGAAUCACUUUUUUUGUUGGUAUUAUCACCUUUUUUGAAAUCAAAACCAGAAAUGUUGUUAAGGUCCAAUCUUUCCAUAGCCAGUAAAAAGAGUCUUGACCUGUUUUUAAAACAAAGAAGAAGCCAGCUUUGCAAGAUUUAAGCUUUGAUUGUAUUGGAAAAAAAUAGUUCAAAUAUAGUCUUGAUGCUCCCUCGUUUAUCGAACACUUUCUGACAGGAUGGCUGUAUGGAGAAAGAGUGGCCGACGGCUUGGGAGGAUGGUUUCCGUCGUCGUACGUCCAGAGCAUCGUCAACGACCACACACGCGCCAACAACUACCGACAGAGGCUUCGCAUCAUACAGGUGAACAUCUUUUACCCAAAAGGUAGUGUCUGCUUUUCGAAUUCCUCGACCGUCUGUUUGGAAGAGCCCAAAAACAAUUCUAAGCUAUGAACCGUACGCAGGUCUUUCCGCCUUGUCCCGUUAUUUUUUCUUGCAAAAAUACCGUAUACCGAAUGGGAUUAAACAUCACUUAGAAACUUGUUUUGCACUUCGUAGAGCAAGAGUGAAAAUGGUGUAUUUACGGUAGCGCUUUUUCUUCUGCUUCACUUUCAAAGGCGGGCCGUCUUGCGCGGAAAACGCUAUAUGUUUAGUUUGUUCAGAUUUGGAAUUUCAACAGCUGGCUCCGCCCCAGCAGGUAGUGCACCCUUUCGCGUCGAGUAAUCGAGCGCACGCCGGGAUAAUCCUUUAAUAGCAAUUUAUUUUUAGAUAAAAUGAAUUUUGCUGUAAGCUACACCUUGUAAAAAAGUUCUUAAAAUAGUAUUUGUUAUCGCUAUCUUUGAAAUAAUGGAAUUUCAGGCAGCGGCGGGGUGGCGCGGAAACGUACCUUCUUCGGCAGCUGGGCGUAGUGGGAAUCCUCUGAUGGACCGACUUCGGAGAAUGUCCAACCCAAAAUCUUUCUUCACCACGGGUACCGUCGGUUUGUAA